AUGAUCUACGAGAAGGACAGGCUAGACGGUGAGCGGAGAGCGAAGCGGAAAGCGGCCAGCUUAGAGAGUGAUCGUCCAAUCAAGAUCGUGGAUGUCUUACCUACCCCACCAUCAUCUAAUUUUGGGACCGCUUCACCAUCGGUAGUGGACCUGACAUAUCUGGUGAUCCCGAAACCAAUCGACAGGGCCGUGGAUGAUUAUACCGAAUGGCUUUGCGACCAGGUUGAAGAUGAGAACUGGAAAGCAGGCUUUCGCAGUGCGGGCAGCAUUACGAGAGCCGACUGUCUCGACUUGAGGCACGUCUAUCAGGAUCGGGACAUUGGAUAUUACGUCAACCAAGGCGUCAAGGCUGGUAUCGCCAGGUCGUUCGUCCAGGACAUCAAGAUAUGGGCCGAUAGUCUGUGA